AUAUCUCAAAAGCCAAAAAAAAAUCAUUUCCCUUUUCUCUAUGGUCAUGUCUAGCUAUUAUCCUACCCCAUCCGGCUACGGCUGUGGUGCUCCACCGCCACCCCAACCUCAACCCCAACCAUUCGGAGUCUUUCAUCCAUACGGUGAGCCGGCAUCUUCUCAGCCCUAUGGUGCGCCGGCAUUAUAUCAGCCCUAUGGUGCACCGGCAUCAUAUCAGCCCUAUGGUGCACCCUGCUCACCACCUCCCUGCGACAAGCCGCCAAAGGACAAACCCCACUCUUAUGCACCCGCACCUGGCUGUUACCCGCCUUCAGCCACAUAUGGAAGCCCGUUCGCCUCACUAGUACCAUCCACUUUUCCUCCAGGGACGGAUCCCAACGUCGUUGCGGCCUUUCAACUCGCUGAUCAGGACGGCAGUGGGUUUAUCGACGACAAGGAGUUGCAGAAAGUACUCUCUAGUUGUAAUCAGAGCUUCAGCUUGAGGACCGUUCGUCUUCUCAUGUUUCAUUUCACCAAUACUAACAUCAUGAACAUCGGGCUGAAGGAAUUCACUUCAGUGUUUUACAGUCUUCAGAACUGGAAAGACAUUUUCGAGAGAUUUGAUAGGGAUAGGAGCGGAAGGAUUGAUUCUAAUGAGCUGAGGGAGGCUCUAUGUAGUAUAGGAUUUGCUGUCUCACCAGUCGUUUUGGAUUUGCUGGUUUCUAAGUUUGAUAAAAGUGGACGCAAAGAUAAGGCCAUUGAAUAUGACAAUUUCAUCGAGUGCUGUCUUACUGUCAAGGGUCUGACUGAGAAAUUCAGAGAGAAGAACUGCUCAUACUCGGGUUCGGCAACUUUCACUUUCGAGGCCUUCAUGCUAACAGUUCUUCCAUUCCUCAUAGCAUGAAAGCUGAAAGCCUUAAAAAGGGGUUUGGAUUUGAAUUUGGAAGUUCUCAUGGCUUUUCUCUUUUUUUUUUGGCUGUAUAGUACUCUCUCGGUCACUGCUUUAUGAAUAAAUAAGCCAGUGUUUGAUUAUGUUUGGUUAAAUAAGCCAGCGUUUGAUUAUGUUUGGUUAUGUUGUAAAACUUUUUUUAAGGGAUUAAUGAAUGUUAGUGCGCAAAUAGAUUUCUAUGUUGUA